AUGGCAUCAACCCAACACAUUGGGGAGCUUUCCAAGUCUAGCCGGCUCAUCUACCGAGCCCCAGAGAACACCGAAGAGGACAUUGCAUUUUUCCAGCAUCAAAUCCUCAACGAUGAUACAAUCAAAAUACUAAGCACUGGGCGUCUUCCACGCCCGUCUCCCAAAGGUUCAGCCGAGGAAUUCAUCAAAACAAUGCAAGACUCCAUCCUAGGAGUAGUUAUAUGUCUUCCUCAAAAUACCCCUGAAACAGAGACUCCACCUUCCACUGACACUCAAUCGCUGGAUCGCCCUGUUCAAAAUUCCAAGCCAGUCCCAAUUGGCCACUUGGGCAUUUUCAGCCUCACUGGACCGGGUUACGCUCAUCAUCGAAACGCGAUGAUAGGAGUUUCAUUUGCGGACGGCUUUCGUGGGAAAGGUUACGGCGGGGAAGCUAUCAACUGGGCGCUGGAUUGGGCAUUUCAGUAUGCUGGGUUGCACAGAGUCAUCAUCGGCGCAUUUUCGUACAACCCCAAUGCUUUGAAGCUUUAUAGGAAGCUUGGGUUCGUGGAUGAAGGUCGCGAACGUGAGGCUUUAUACUAUCGUCGCGCUUGGCACGAUAUUAUCAAUUUAUCCAUGCUGGAGCAUGAGUGGGAAGCUUUGAGAGGAAUAGCGCCAGCUCAGUCAGGUCGCGCCCUCCCUGAAGCAUCUGAUCAAUAA